CCUGACUGCCCUCAACACACACACACACACAACACAACGAGGAGUACCAUUCUGUCCUCAGUGUGCCCACCAAGUCUCUUCUCUUCAGAUCAGACAUAGAGAUCAGGACAUAUCUCCUUCGGGAAAUCUUUGAUUCUAUUUGGAACACUUGGACCAGAUUCUUCUUCAGACUGGACUCGACAUCCAGACGCAGUCUAGAGUUUGGGACUACAGAUACAUGCUCUGUUCUGUUGGAUUGGAAUUGGACCUGAUUUCUUUCUCAGACGUACAGUAUCUAUGGUCUGGAGUGGACAUAUACACUUCUGUCCUCUUGGAUUCUAUUGGAAUUGCAGACUCCCUCUUUAGGAGAAAGAGUAUUUAUUGGAUUCUGCUCUAACCCACUAGACUAGAAUCUUCCAAGAAGACUUACUCCCUUUGUGUUUUUGGAUUCUGUUGGAGAAGAUAUACUUCUUGGGCUGUCUCUAACCAUAUUAUCCGGCUCUGAAUGCUGAAGCUAGUCGCUGACUCUCGGAAGGGAGGAGGUGGAGGAGGGAUUGGAGGGUGUGAGAUGCUCCCCUCACGCCCAAGUCUGUCUGUCUCCCUGCGGGUGAUUAUAUAUGGGACGUGUGCCUUGGCACUGGUCAACACUGUGGCUCUCCUGGUGCUCCUAGUGCAACAGAACCAGCUGUGGAGCCGUGUGGAGCUCACCGAGGCCAGGCUGGAGGAGGUGGAACAGAGCUCCGUGGUGGAGUUCCUCCAGGAGGUGCCCCGAGGAGGUGUAGCAGCAGGAGGCGCAGGGAGGCUGGCGGAGCUAAGAGGAGGCCCAGGGUGGCUGGCAGGGCUGCGUGGAGGAGGUGCAGGAGGAGGUGAAAGGGGUCUGGGGAAGGAGCAGAAGGAGCAGGGGGAGUACCAGUACUCCCGUAACAAGAGGAGUCGUGAGCUGCAGAGGGAGCUACGACAGGAGUUAAAGGAGGAGCUGAGGCUAGAGCUGAGGGAGCUGAACCAUCAGGAGAGCCAGGAACUCCUGCAGGAGGUGACCCAGGGGCUACAUCAGGGGCAGGAGGUGACCCAGGGGCUACAUCAGGGGCAGGAGGUGACUCAGGGGCUACAUCAGGGGCAGGAGGUGACCCAGGGGCUAUAUCAGGGGCAGGAAACGGGGCGAGGUGGGCUGGACACAGGAGAGGAGAUACACCCUGAGUUGAGAGAGGAGUUACACCACACGUUGAGGGAAAAGAUGGACAAGGAGAUGGACAAGGAGAUAGACAAGGAGAUGGACAAGGAGAUGGAUAAGGAGAUGGGGAAGAAGAUGAGACAUGAGCUGAACCACAAACACAGGAAGACAAAGGGCUUCCAGAAGACUGAGAUACAGGACGACAUGAUGAUGAUGAUGACCUACUCUAUGGUGCCGGUCAAAGUGUUGUUGGAUAUCUGUAACAGCACCAAGGGAGUCUGCAUAGCUGGACCACCCGGCCCUCCUGGACCCCCUGGGCUACCUGGCCUGCAUGGUCUGCCUGGGCACAAUGGCACUGAUGGUAUCCCAGGACUAGAUGGACUGCCUGGGGCUGAUGGAAAACGAGGGAAGAGAGGUGAGAAAGGUGAGCCAGGGGAGAAAGGUGAGCCAGGGGAGAAAGGUGACAGAGGAGACCCUGGACCCGCCGGAGAAAAUACACAAUCGUCCAACGAUGUCAUCUUGGAGGGCCCCCCGGGUCCGGCUGGUCCUCCUGGUACUCCAGGCCCCAUUGGCCCUCCUGGACCUCCUGGCCCACAAGGACCCCAGGGGCCCCCCAGAAACAGGAGUCACCGGGCCAAUUUUCCCAUCCACGCUGCCCAGACCCUGGAUCCUUCACAUGCUGUACCAAACGAUGGGACUCUGUCUGCCAAAGAGGCUGGGAAGUUACAAGAGAUACCACUAAAUAAGAAAAAUGAGUGCAUCAUCAAGUCACUGAUCAACCCCCGUAACAUAUCUAAGAUGGAGAGUACGUUCGGAACGUGGAUGGAAGACACGGCUGUGCUGAACGACAAACGCAUCUGGGUGGCCGAACAUUUCUCUGGUCGCACGGUGAAGGAGUAUAAGAGCAUCGCCUCAUUCCAGAAUGCCACCAGUGAGGUCAUCGACGGCAGGAAGUUCUACCAGGGGUGUGGCCAUGCCGUUCAUAACGGAUCCUUCUACUAUCACAUCGCUGGAACCACCAACCUGGCCAGGUUCGACCUGCAGUCCAAGCGUCUCCACACCCUGGCCAUCGACAAUGCUCUGUACCACAACCUGUCCUACCUUCUCUACAACUCCAAGACCUACUUCAAGCUGGCGGCGGAUGAGAACGGCCUGUGGCUCAUCUUUGCCUCCAGUCUGGACGACAGCAUUAUGGUGGCCCAGCUGGACCUGAAGAGCUUCUCUGUCACAUCGUACAUCAACACCACCUACCCCAGGACCAAGGCCGGCAACGCCUUCGUGGCCUGUGGCGUACUCUACGUCACCGACACCAAGGACACCCGUGUGACCUUCGCCUUCGACCUCCUGAAGGGGAAACCGGUCAACGUGACCUUUGAACUGAGGUCCCCUGGCGGGGUGCUGGCCAUGCUGUCCUAUAACCCCAAUAACAGACACCUGUAUGUGUGGGAUCAGAGCUACGUGAAGCUGUAUGUGGUGCACUUCAUCUCUGAUGACUGAGACAGUGUUUUGAUGGUAUUCUGAGUGUUUUGACAGUAUUCAGAUGGUAUUUUAAUGGUAUUCUGAUUAAAGAUGGCCAGCUUUUUAAAGUGCUUAAUUAAAGAUGAACAGCAAUCGUGAAUAUUAUGGCUAUUUUUUAUUUAUACUAUGUACGUGUUGUCUUUAGUUUUAUGCCAUCUCAACAAGGACUCUUUUCUAAUGGUCUUUUGGGACUGCUGGCUGGGAUAAAAAACCUUUAUGUGAGUGCUGUUCAAAUAUUUGUUUCAAUUGGAUUACAGCUUCCAAAGAUGCACAUACUGUACCUUUUCCAAUGUAGAGUUGAACUGAAUAAGGGCUUAUCAGAGUAGGAAGUAGAUCAUUAUAAUAUAAUUGUUAUAGUCUAUAUUGUAUUGUGGCGAUGGUUUAAACAGUAAAAUAAUUGCUGUACUGUUUUCCAUGUUUUUCCAUUUGAGAUCGUGGAAUUCUCUUUUUGUAAGGAUACUUAUUAACCACUUGACUUGUUAUAUUGUUUUUAUGUCUCUCACUUGUAUAUUAUAUUUAUUUGGUAAAUGUAACUCUUUAAGGUCUACCCUGGAAACAUGGCUUUUUGUGGAGUUAAUACUAUUUAUAGCUGUAAAGUCCUUACUAGACUUUCCCUGUGACUGCAUGACAAAAUAUGUAUCCGAAAUGUGUUUCCAUAUUUACUUGGAUCCUACCAUGACCAGCAUCCCUUAGAGAGCAAAAUGUUUUAAAAAUCUGUACAUAUGUUUAUUCCCGACAAUGAUAUUUGCUGCUGCAUGGUCUCUACUGAUUAUCAUGUCUAGAGAGAGAAAUACAGAAACAAACAUAAAAUCAACCUGAUGAAAUAAAAAUAUUUAUUCAACUUACAAAGGUAGAACUUUGACCACGGUAGGACAGCCUGCUCUAUAUUCCUGUCUCUCUCUGGACUCUCUCUAGUUAUCUAGUCAUAGCCUCCCCAUACUGAGCUUUAGAUAGAUAUAUACUGUAGAUACCUGAACAACACUUUACUUAAAGCACCUUUUUAUGAAGUGUUAAUAUCUUAAAUAGACAUGAAUAUCCCCUUAUAGAUGUUAUAGAGCAUUAUGAAGUGUUAAUAUCUUAUAUAGACAUGAAUAUCCCCUUAUAGAUGUUAUAGAGCAUUAUGAAGUGUUAAUAUCUUAAAUAGACAUGAAUAUCCCCUUAUAGAUGUUAUAGAGCAUUAUGAAGUGUUAAUAUCUUAAAUAGACAUGAAUAUCCCCUUAUAGAUGUUAUAGAGCAUUAUGAAGUGUUAAUAUCUUAAAUAGACAUGAAUAUCCCCUUAUAGAUGUUAUAGAGCAUUAUGAAGUGUUAAUAUCUUAUAUACAUGAAUAUCCCCUUAUAGAUGUUAUAGAGCAUUAUGAAGUGUUAAUAUCUUAUAUAGACAUGAAUAUCCCCUUAUAGAUGUUAUAGAGCAUUAUGAAGUGUUAAUAUCUUAUAUACAUGAAUACCCUUAUAGAUGUUAUAGAGCAUUAUGAAGCAUGUACCAUAAAGCAAAACAAGGCUCGGUGCCUAGCGUGUUAUUGCUUCACUGUGAUGUUUUUAAUGAUCCUCUAUGACUGCAUCUAUAAGGUGACCUAUGAAUGUUUAUAAGGCAUUAUAAGGCUUCAUAAGUACUAACGUUACACACGACAGACGAGAGAAGGUAGAAUAUGUAAACAGAUGUCAGAGAUCAGACGUGGUACCCAGAUGGAGGGAAGGAAACACAAAUCUGUUUAAUAAUAAUACGUAUAGUAAUAAAAACAAUACAAACAUUUAACAAAAGAUACAACUAAUCCAGCCGGUAUGAUACAAAACAAAAAAUUAAGUAAAACGCUUUCAUGUUUGUACAAGCUGCUGUGGUAUUUCAUAUAUUUAUAUAUUAAAACUAUUUAACUUUUUACUACUAGGCCAAAUACAGCCAGACAUUCAUUUGUAGAUAACAGUAGUUUAUUUGUUCUUCCCAUAGCCUAUUCGUUUUCAAAUAAACUUUUAGUGUCCCCA